GGAAAGGGCUGUCGCUGCCCCUGUGGGCUGCAGAGCAGGAGAGCAAGGAAGGGAUGGAAGAGGCUGUCAUGUAUGCUGACCUGCGCUUUCCCCCCACACCAGCUCCUCAGCAGCAAGUGCGCCUGCCCUGGUGCUGGGCAGCCCUCAGCCUGGGUCUCCUCUCCCUGACACUCCUACUGGCACAGAUCAUCCUUGUCAGCCUGAGUUUCCACUAUUUAGUGCAACAACAAACAAGCUGCAUGGAUGGUCUCUGGAGAAUAGAGGAGAGCCCCAACUAUGGGAAACAGACACUGGAAGGGCGAUGCCAGUUUUGCCCGGUUGGCUGGCUCUGGGAUGCGGGGCAAUGCUACUACUUCUCCUCUGCCAAAAAGAACUGGGAGCAGAGCAGAGAGGACUGCUGCUCCAGAGGGGCACAGCUGGUCACCAUCCAAGCCAACACCACCCUGGCGUUCCUGGUGCGCACAGCUAACAUGGAUGCCUUUCAUGUGGGGCUGAAGCAGGAUGGCUUCAGGUCUGAGUGGAAGUGGCUGGAUGGCACCACACUGGAAUGGAUCUUCCCAGUCCAGCGCUACACCAGGUCUUUCCAGGCCUGUGGCAGGGUGUCAGGCUUGGGACUUUUAGGUGGUGCAUGCACAGAUGCCCUCAGAUGGGUCUGCAAGCAGAGUGCAGCCACCAUGCAGUGGCUCCAGUCCUCGCCUCCUGCCUUCCUCUGGGGAAACACCACCUACAGCUGUGUGAGGCCCUGA